AUCUGCUGAAAAGUGUGUGCUCUGCCUCUUGUAAAUACAGUUGGAGAGAACAUCAGCCUGCAGUUCCUGCUGUAGGACAUCUACACAGGGAGAGGUCUUCCAGGACGAUUGGGGCAAAAAAGCUUCAUGAACAUCUCCAGUGUUUAAUAAGUCCUCCAACAUGAAACUAAGCAAGAACAAUCCCAAAGGCUACAAAGAGUUUCAAAUCAUAGGAGUUAUUCUGAUACUUGGUUUUGUCCUGGUGGCUGUUUACUUCGUGGUAGUUGAUCCUAAGAGAGAAGAAGCAGUUGUCAGCAUUUAUGAAGGGUUGGAGGAAGAAGAAGGGCUCUACGGAGAUCUCCCAGGAACCACGAGUGAGGAGGACACCAACAGAUCCAAUGAGUCCUGCAGCUUUGAACUUGUGGAAAAUGUUCCUUAUGACUUACCUUUUGAGAUAAAUAGCACUGCAGCCAAACCCUUGUACCAAGCCUGGAUGAGACUCCUUGAUCUAGCCCAGGAAAAGAUUCAUGUGGCUUCUUACUAUUGGUCCCUGACUGGGAAGGAUAUCAAUGUCAAUGAUUCAUCUUCCAAGCAGAUACAAAAACCAACAAACUGUGCCACGCAGGGUGAAGAUAUUCUGAAGAGGUUUGAGAGGUUACUCGCAGAGAAUGUGUCUGUGUAUGUUGCCACAAGUGUGCCAACCUUGGCUACAAACUCAACUGACCUGGAGCUCUUGGAGGAAAAAGGGGCUCACGUAAAGAAGAUUGAUUUUGGACGCUUGGCAGGAGGAGUGUUGCAUAGCAAAUUCUGGAUUGUAGACAUGAAGCACAUAUAUGUUGGCAGUGCAAAUAUGGACUGGAGAUCUUUAUCUCAGGUGAAAGAGUUUGGUGCUGUGAUAUACAACUGCAGCUCCUUGGCCAAAGACCUGUGGAAAACAUUUAGUACUUACUGGGAUGUUGGACACGCUAAUGCCACCAUCCCAUUCCCUUGGCCUCUUAAUUAUUCCACCCACAUUAACAUGCAUCAGCCUCUGGCUGUAGAAUUUAACGGGAUCCUGACAAAAGCCUAUUUUUCUGCUUCUCCCCCAGUGUUUUGCCCAGAAGGUCGCACUCGUGACCUGUUUGCCAUCACCAGGAUAAUCGGUGAGGCACAGAAGUUUGUCUAUGUUUCUGUUAUGGAGUAUUUCCCUACCAGCCGUUUUGUUCAUCCAGAAAGAUACUGGCCAGCCAUUGACAAUGCUCUGAGACGUGCAGCUUUCAACUACAGAGUCCAAAUCCGGCUUCUGGUCAGCUGCUGGACUCACUCUGACCCUGCCAUGCUCUUCUAUCUGAGGUCCCUGCGUGCCCUCAACAACCCGCUUGCCCACAUCAGUGUUGACGUGAAACUCUUCAUCGUUCCAGUUCUGAACCACACAAAUAUUCCUCAUGGGAGAGUGAAUCACAACAAGUACAUGGUCACUGAUAAAGUAGCCUAUAUUGGGACUUCCAACUGGUCAGAAGAUUACUUCACUAACACAGCCGGCGUGGGACUAAUUAUCAAACAGAAUUCAACCAACCUGCAAAGAAGGCAACAACCCAUCCAGGAGCAACUAAAACACCUCUUUGAGCGUGACUGGAAUUCCAGAUACGCAGUGAAUCUGGAAGAUGUGGAGGGACAGAAAGACUGUAACUGGAAAAGCAGAUUCUGAAGUGAGUUGCAAUACACCUUUGAAAUAGGAACAACAAAAUGAUAUUUGAGUCUCACUCCCGGUGCAAAACAAGGAGCUUCCAUCUCUUUGUCUGUCAGAGAAAUCGCUUCCUCCUGCUGUCCACAGUAUUUGAUGAUGUGGGAAUUUCUCAUAGCUGACUCUGUUUGGAAAACCACCAGUCAGUGUGUGACAUUUCCUUUUUUGUGUGUGUGUGAUUACCUCAUCCCAGAGUUAAUGAAAUGCACAGUGUUGUGUGACAAGCUGUCUGAUAUUAAAGCAAGGAUGGAAGACACAACCAGAUCUUAAUACAUCAGAGAUGCAGAUCAUCAUUGCUGUGAUAUUUCUCUCAGGAAGCUGUGUAUUUCAACCUUCGUAUUCCAUUAACAGAGUUUACUUACAUGUGUUUAGUAUGUUUUAAUAAAC